CCUGCCGGGCUACUAAUGCUGAUGACCCGGCUCGGCUUCGGGAAACCCGGGACGGCCCUGCAGCUGGGGAAGCCAUGUCGAGGUUCUCCAGGGCGCCGCAGCAAUGGGCCACUUUUGCUCGAGUAUGGUAUCUCUUAGAUGGGAAAAUGCAGCCCCCAGGCAAACUUGCUGCUGUGGCAUCAAUAAAACUUCAAGGACUACAUAAACCUGUAUACCAUCAACUGAGUGACUGUGGAGAUCAUGUUGUCAUAAUGAAUACAAGACACAUUGCAUUUUCCGGAAACAAAUGGGAACAGAAAGUGUACUCCUCACAUACUGGCUACCCAGGUGGAUUUAGACAAGUAACAGCCGCUCAGCUUCACCAGCGAGAUCCUGUGGCAAUUGUAAAGCUAGCUAUUUAUGGCAUGCUGCCAAAAAACCUUCACCGAAGAACAAUGAUGCAAAGGUUGCAUCUGUUUCCAGAUGAGGAUAUUCCGGAAGAUAUUCUUAAGAAUUUAGUGGAAGAGCUUCCUCAACCACGAAAAGUACCUAGACGUCUGGAUGAGUAUACCCAAGAAGAAAUAGAGGCUUUCCCAAGAGUGUGGACUCCACCUGAAGAUUAUCGGCUAUAGGAGAAUGGAAAUCACAGAAAUAGCAGAGAGGCGACUUAAGCUGCUUCCUCAUGAGGUUCUCUGACCUCGGACAUAGAGAAACAACUGCUUCAGUUCACUGUGGGGAGAACCCAACAAGGGCCAGGCCUUCAGCAGGAAAUUACAGUAAAACACAUU